AUGCCAGCAACAGGUUCAAAUAAGAAACCUCGAAGCGGAGGCGGGAGUGGAAACAUCUUGCGCUUCUUCAAACCCGUCACACAACGACCGCCCUCACCACCACCAGCACGUCCCCGAAGCCCAACUCCGGAGUCGCCCUCUCCCUCUCCGCUGGCCUCAUCCCCAGAGCGGCCUGUCACGCCUCAAAAACGAGGGCCAGUAGAAAUAGGGGCUUCCGAUGACGACGAACAAUCCGACGGCGACUUCUCAGACGACUCGCUAGAAGACCUCUCUUGUUUACUCAACCGAACCAAGAAUGCAGUCCCUGCGGAACAGAAGCCCCAGCAUAAUCCGUAUGCUACGCCAAGGGCGAAAAGAAUGGCUGUCGAGUUCCCCGCGUCGCCGUUGGCCAUCAUGCCAAGACACAAGUUUGACAUGAAGGCUCUUGCAAAGGAUGCACGGCGGGAUGAUGCCACGACGGCGAGCUCGCUAAAAGUGAAGGAAGCUACGAAUGCCGCCCAGGCAAAGGGGGAGAAUGCCUCGUCCUUGUCCACGAGUGAUGCUAUUGCCGGGAUUAUGAAAGACAAUGGAGGGCAGAAUGCCCAUAAGGUGCUCCGGGCUGUUGAGAGAUCCGGUACCUCGCAAGCACAGCCGAGAUAUCUCUUUUUCAAGGAGGAGUACAAGGCACCGUCUGCCCCUAGGGCUCCAGAACUCGGGAGAAAAUCUCCGUGGAAUCUCCUGACGCAGGGCAAUGCUAAAGCAAGGGAACAGCAUUUGAUAUCAGGGCUACCGCAGACCAUCUUGCGCCUGCGCAAAAACGGGGACCUCCCUGAUUCAUUGUUCGACUGGAUGUUGGACUCGUUGUGCACGCACCCUUCGAUUAUUGUGAGGCAGGAAUACUGUAACAUGGUGGCUAGCUGUGCAGAACAAGUUGAGCGUCUGGUAACACCCGAACGGUUACGACAGUUAUUCACACGGCUCGGAGCGCAAGAUUCCAGAGAAUCGGGUCUUCAUCCAGAGUUGACUGUAUCCAGACUUGAUCGCGAACCGUACGAGGGCCGUGACUGGUCCUGCCUCCAGUCCUUCAUCUCGCUACUUGGACUCAUUGCCCGCCAUUUGUCAGUACAGGCGGCAGAAUAUGCCACUCAGACACUUCUCCGACUAACAUUGGAUAAACUUUUGAUCUGCAACAUCCAGGUCCUGGCCGAGUUUGAAUAUACAAUCCAGGAACUCAUCGGCGCUCUGCCAAGUCCCCUGUGGAACAACUUUUGCUUCGAAACUUGUUCUCUGCUCAGCUGGGGCCAAGAAUAUCGCACCAUCAAAGCCACGUCUCUUCUUUGUCUCCCCAUCUCCAGCAAACGGGUGCAUGACCUGCGUAGGAGAAUGGCCGUCGCAACACUCUUCCAGGACGACUCUCUAGCCCGCAGCAACUCGGAGGACGUCGUCACCCUCCGUGGCAUCAUCGACAUCCUCAACACCGACAGCUUCACAAUCACCCCCAAGACAGACUUUUCCGAUCUCCGCGCCAGCAUCAUUCUUCUCGACAUAGCCAUCGACGAUGGCUCCGUCGUCAAAUUUAACAACGUCCAAGACGAGAAAAAGUUCAAUGAGGAGGUGGACGAACUAGCGGGCAUGCUGCAGGAAAUUUGGAGAAAGACAAACGACUCUGGUAUGAAGUUGGCAAGAACCGAGGCAAAGAGUGUGGUCGAGUGGGUGCAGAAGCGGCUGUCGCAUAGCGUGCGGACUCGAAGAAAUGCCAGGAAGAGCGUGUUUUAUCUUCCCGAGUUGAGUGAGGAUCCUUUUCUGCCGAGACAGAGGGACUACAUGAAGAAAUUUUUGCAGAAGCCGGCGAGGUCGCCGGUUGUUAAGGAACCUCCUGCUGCCGAGACGGAGCCAGACACAAUUGUAUGCGCAGAAGAUUAG